UAUUUCAUACAUUGGGGUUGUCUAAGGAGGGGAUCCCAUUUGGCGGAGACAAUUCGUAUUUACACAAUUGCCCUCCUCCAGAAUACCCUACUAGGGUUGCGCCUCCAUCGACUAUAAAUAAUCGUCCCUGCACCAACUGCCGUUCCAAUCAAAUAAGGGAUUGAGCUCUUAGGUGUUUGAAAAUCAAAAAAUCAGGCAGAAGCCAUGGGUGUCUUCACUUACGUCUGCAGAAGCAACGGCAGCGAGUGGUCCGGGAAGCAGGUUUGCGGCGACUUAGAAGCCUCGGCUGGGUCUACUUAUGAGUUGCAGAGAAAGUUGGUCCAAACUUCUCUCGCCGUCGAUUCAUGCGGAGGAGUUCAGUCCUCUUUCUCUUUCAUCACUCCUGCUUCUGCCGUAUUCCAGGUAAUUGUAGGUGCUGUUGGUGGUGGAGCUUUUAUUGGAGGUGGUGGAGCUGCUGCCGCGGCUCCUGCAGGCGGUGCUGCUGCUGAGGCUCCUCCUGCUGAGGAGAAGAAGGAAGAGAAGGAGGAGAGUGAUGACGACAUGGGAUUCUCACUCUUUGAUUAGAUUUCUGUGGUUAUUUAAUCAUCAAUAUUCUCCAAGGUGUUUGUGUUCUGUUAAGCACUUAGAUUAUUGUGGAGUUUUGAGUUAGGAGUUAAAUCCUCUAGAAGUCUUUAUCUGACUUCUCUGUGAUUGGUUUUUGUUAAAGCAUCAAUAUGAAUUAAAAUUAUGAUUA